GUCAUCGACGUCCACCUGACGUCUGUGGAGCGAAAAGAAAAGAUAGAGGAAACAUAUCUGCGAUCUGACUCGGCAAGGCAUUCAUCUAAUUUGAGUCCGCUGCCUGCAAUGCUUCUCCGUGUAACAAAGUGUCAGUGACGAGACGAGAAUUUAGUGAAAAUCGAGAAAAUGUCGCUGGUGUCUGCGAACGGGUUUAAUUUCAAAGUGGUGCUUCUGGGCGAAGGCUGCGUUGGAAAAACAUCGAUUGUUCUGCGUUACGUCGAAGAUAAAUUCAACCCCAAACAUUUCACGACACUUCAGGCGUCGUUUGUGACGAAAAAGCUCACGUUCAACGGACAAAGAGUUCACUUGAAUAUCUGGGACACCGCCGGCCAGGAAAGAUUCCAUGCAUUGGGACCGAUUUACUACAGGGGGUCAGAUGGGGCUAUUCUGGUUUAUGAUAUUACCGACGAGGACUCCUUCCAGAAGGUGAAGAAUUGGGUGAAGGAGUUGAAAAAGAUGCUCGGCUCCGAUAUUGUAAUCGCAAUCGUUGGAAACAAGACGGAUUUGGAGAAAGAUCGGCACGUACCCGCCGAUGAGGCGGAGAGUUAUUCACAGAGUGUAGGAGCGAAACAUUUCGAAACGUCAGCUAAGAUGAAUGAAGGAAUUGAAGAGCUAUUUUUAGAACUUUCUACGAUGAUGAUAACAAACCACGAUGUUAAGGAAUCGCGUAGUAACUCACUGAACCGAAGUAAUUCAAUACGCCGUUCCAAUGCACUGAUGGUUGAUGACGCUGAAGAUACUCCUGCUGAAGAAAAUGCUACAUCAACGAGAUGUUGUGGUGCUGGAUAAAUGGACAUAUUGAACAACAUUCUUUAACGUAACUAUAUACUUUAAUCGUUAGCUAUGUAUAUAUUAAUUAUGAAAUGUGAGAUGCCUAAAAACAAAACUUUUUUUUGGUAAUUUCAAAGAGUUUCUAAAUGUGUAAACACAGUAUAAGGAAAAAUAAAGAAUAUUUUAAUAAGUAUUUGUAAUUAAGUGCAAACAUAGCAAAACAUGGAAAUUAAAAGAUUGUGACCCCAGAUUUUAUGUUGAACAAGGUGCGUUAGAGGGAAUAUUUUUGGCAUGAAUUCAUUUUGAAGAUAACGGAAAAGUGAGAGACUAAAAUAUUGCUAUUCACCUACGUAAGUGUAGUGGACAUAUUAGUAAAGAAAGAAAAGUAGCGAACAAUUGAACCUAGAUUUAAUAAAUUGUUUUGACUGGAUUAAAGUAAAGAAUGCAUUGUAACAAUAAAGUAAACUAAUCAAAUAAAUUGUAACUUAUUGA